CCUUUCCAAACCUAACACAUGUAGAAGAAAUAAUUAUAAUUAUAGUUUCAAGAUGCAAGCGCUAUCAAUGCUAGUCGUAAGAAACUAGACAGAAUCGAUAAGAGAGGUCUUACAGCUGUACAGAGAAAUGGGCUCCUCUUCUGACCAUCACAAGUCUCACAGCAAGCACUCAAAACACAAGAAGCACAAACACCAUCACAAGCACAAACAUCGUCACAAGAAAUCACACAAAAGGGACAAAUCACACGACUCCAAUCAUGAGGUUGACUUGGCCAGCGACAUUUUGGGAAAGACGUUGAAAAGUUUGGAGCAUAAGGAGGAGAUCAACAGCAGUACGUUAGAGUUGGUGAUGACAGAGCACCUCCUCUCACAAUUGGAGGCAGCACAAGACGAAAGCGACAACGACUCUGAAAGUUCGGCCGAUGAAAAACCCAAGAAAAGUCCCGUCCCCUCCCAAAAAACUAUCGCCAUUAUUAACGAUCCUCAAGUCACUAGUACUAGCAGCAUGGAGCCUAGCAACAAACCUAGCAACGGGGAGCCUAGCAACAAGCCUAGCAACAGAGUAAUGACCAUUAACAUUAUCUCUAAAACGCUUCCCUCAAUUAUUGAAUCCAUGAAUAGUAACGACGACGAUAAAAUGGAGUCAAAGAAAUCAUCUUCUGUCAUAGCCAGUGGCCUGUCUGAUGAUGUGAUUGUUACCUAUAGCAACUUAAGGCCGACUGAAAGCAGCUCAACAAACGGUACCACAACUAAUACAGCAGCUGAGGGAAAAGCCUCAAAACAGUCGGAAGGAGACAAUAAAGAAAGAAAAAACCGCAAAAGAUCGUCGUCUAGAAGUCCCUCACGUAGCAAAGAAAGUUCUAAAAGAAGAAGAAGGUCAAGGUCUCAUUCCAGAUCACGGAGGUCAAGGUCUAGGGAUAGAAGAAGAUCAAGAGAUAAGCGAUCGCGUUCCAGAGACAGAGGUUAUAAAAGCAAGAGGAGGUCCCGUUCCAGAGACAGAAGCAAGAGAUCACGUUCCAGGGACAGAAGCAAGAGAUCGCGUUCCAGGGACAGAAGCAAGAGAUCGCGUUCCAGGGACAGAAGCAAGAGAUCGCGUUCUAGAGAUAGAAGAUCAUGUUCCAAGGACAGAAGCAAGAGAUCGCGUUCCAGAGACAGAAGCAGAAGGUCCUCAUACCGGCAUAGAUCACGCUCUCCUAGAAGAAGUUAUUCUCAACGAAAGAGUCCUCGAAGAAGGCACAGAAGUUCGUCUAGCAGAAGCAAGUCUCGUUCCAGUUCCAGGCCACCGUCUAGAUCCAGUUCCAAAGCAAGAAUGGAGGCUGAAUCAGAAUCAAACUUCUCACGUUAUCAAGUGGUGCAGUCCGUGUCUCAAAUUGCCAAAGAAUUUGGAUCGCUAAAAAGACACAUUGAAAUAGGCAAACUCACAUCACUGUGUGCACAGCUACAAGAUUCACCCGCAUCUACGAUGAAGGGCGGGGCUAUGGGCGGGGCUAAAGGGACAUCACAUGAGUAUCGCUCACCCUACGAAGUGAAUACUACCACACGCACGUUCGAGCCGAGGCUGACCAAUCAGGUUCAAUCCUCUGCUCUCGUCGUGCUGCCAAGGCGACCAGUGGAGGAGGUGUUCCCUGUAUCGACGGGAGUGGAGCAUGCCGGAGUUGAAAAGUCCGUUGCCACGGGAGACAACGUGUUCGAACAGACAAGAAGUAUGCCAGUGAAUGAGCUGAUCACUAAGAGACUAGAGAUGACUCAGAGGUUGACAAUGAACCCAGGAGACACGGAGGCCAGGAUGACACUGUCCCUGAUCGAGCAGCAGAUGUCGCUGUGGGCCCAGUCUGGAAUGAAGCCUGGACAGUACACUGGCAAGCAGACUCUCAAUCCACUCUCCACUGAGGUGCACAGGACUGGGUUCCAGACAUGGGCUAAGAAGAAAAUGUUUCAUCAUCUUGCGCCGGUGAUCGGUGGGUUCGGUUUAAAGAUGCUCAAGAAAAUGGGAUGGCAGGAAGGGUGCCCCCUCGGGAUACAUGGGCGGGGCCAAGUCGAACCUAUUGCACUGGACAUCAAAACAGACAGAAGUGGUCUCAAAUCUUCCAAAGAAACUGUUGCCACGGGAGCCGCUUCUUCCUCGGGUUCUGGCCAACCAAAGUCAAUGGUCACGCCCUCAGCUAUAGCCCAGAGCAAGCAUCCUGUGUCAGCACUUCAAGAGAUCAGUCAGAAGAGACACUGGAGUAUACCACGGUAUGAGAUGGCCACACCCACUGACGGAAUGCCCUUCCUGUUUAAGGUGAUCCUGUCUAUUGGAUCGUACGUCCCCUUGGCCGGCAGCUGUACUAAAAAAGAGGCCAAAGUGAACGCAGCAGCUGUAGCCCUCUCUGGGCUUGGUCUCACUCCCAAGACUCUGGAGUACACCUUCAGUGCUCUGUAACAUUCUUAUAUAACUUGCUUUAGUGCUCCAUAAGCUUCUUAUCCAACUGUAUUACAACUGUGUAUACAAACACCUGCUGUCUACUUUAAUUAUUGAUUGUUGACACUAGCUGUUUGUGUUAUUUUAUGUUCAAAGUUUCAUUGCUUUUCUUUCUGCUGCUUAUUUAAAUAUUAUCUACUGUUUCCUGCAUGUUGCAAUCCAACGAAAUUAAUUACAUUAUA